AUGAUCCGGAAACAGCAGAAACGAGCGGCUCGAGGCAAGCAAACCGCCUUUCGCGUUGGUGGGCAGGAAGUCGACUCCAAACGCAUCGCACGUUUCGUCCGUAGAUAUGGCACCCAGUGGGAUAGCAAACCUCGCGAUGACCACCGCCAAGCUAGCCCAGAACCAAGUGAGUCAGAUUUCUCUCCCGGUACAUCAUUCCAUCGAUCACAAAUUCACCUGGAAAUCGCAGAAACACCAUCUGAUAUGAGUUGCUAUACUCCGGAGCCCGACGAAAGAGGCGCAACCCUAUCUCCGCUGCCUGAGCUGCAGCCAAACCAUCGAGAGAUGGCCCAUCCUCGCUAUGACGAGCCGUUCGAUCCGAUGCCCGAAGCCGACAUUGAUGACAAUCGAUCUUUGACGGCUACUCUCAGCCCUAGUCUACCUAAUGAAACACCUAAACCUUUGGACACCCCCUUGCAAGAGGCAAAUGCUUGGAAUGAGCUUGUAUCAUUUCAAGAUCGCCUUUUGGUCCUCCAUCAGACCCUCGAACAGACCAUGUCUGGGUUUACGUCGCCCCACGAUGAAUGA